UCAUUUUUUCCUUUUUACUGCAAAGAAUAAAAUUUUUUACUUUGUUUAUAUUGUUUAUUUGAAUGGAGUCUAUCACAUUGAUCCUCUGAUUCUUAGCUUUCUUGUUUGUAAGACAGGAUUUUUAAGGUUCUAUUUGUGUUGUUUAAGUUUGCUUUUUUUAUUAUGGAAUCUUGGGGUUAUGUUUUAUGCUUACUUGCUGUAUAAGCGAGCUAUAAGAAGAGUGAAGGAAGAGAUAUCUGGGAGGAAGGGGCAGAGGGGACUUUUCGAUUAUGGGGCAUUCUUUGCUUGAAGUUUAGGCCUUUGGGUAGCUGAUUGUAUGACACAAAGAGUUUUUGUUUUGCUUUUGGAAUUUGGGGUUCUAUAGGACGGUAUGGAUCCUAGGUGUUGUUUAUUAGCUCAGACUGAGAGAUGCUUUGGAAAGAAACCCUGUUGUUCGUUUGUUUUGUUUUCUGGAGCUUAUUUGCGUGCUCUGGCACUCUGGCUGACGGGAACAUUCAAGUGUAAAUGCAAAGCUCUUUUUAGUAGCAGAGGUUGUUUUGGAUGCUUCACGAAACCCACACUGAUUGUUGCGGUGGAUGACCCAUCUAAGGGUCUAACAAUUCAAGGCCGGAAAGUGAAGAAAUCUAGCCUUUCUGAGGAUUUCCCAAGCAGCAGUGCAUGUGAGAUGGAACUUAGCGCAGGUCAGUCCCAGGGAAGCAUUUCAUCAAUCAGCCUGUCAAAUCAACCCCCUGAUCCAUCUGGCAGUACAAGCUAUCCUUCUGAAUUUGUAAAUCAUGGCCUUCUUCUUUGGAACCAGACAAGGCAGCAAUGGCUUGGAAAUAAAAGGUCUGAGAAGCGGGCACAACCUCAAGAACCCACAAUAAGUUGGGAUGCAACCUAUGAGAGUUUGCUUGGGAAUAAUAAGCCAUUCCCCCAGCCGAUUGCUCUUCCUGAAAUGGUGGAUUUUCUAAUCGAUGUUUGGGAGCAAGAGGGCUUAUACGAUUGAGUAGGAUGAUGUUAAGAAAUAUUCGAUAAGAAGAAAAAUAGAGAAAGGAUAUAUUUUUCCAGGAAUUUGUAGAGAUUGCCGAUUGUACCAUGCUCUUUUGGAUUGUUCCAUUGUAUUAUUCUUACAUCACAAUUUACAAGUCCUUUAUGAAUCGGCAAGAGAAAUGCAAUACUCUAGUUUCUAGUAUUCUCCAUCA